UAUCUCACCGGACAUACAAUGGACCUCUGUCAGAUGUCGAAAAUACCACUGAAGAUCCAACCUGCUGUUAGAUAACAGAUGAAAAUAAGAUUGUUUGCAGCCGGGCUGGUGAUGAAAGUUGAUGUAGCGAAUUAAAUAUUCAACCCAACGUUUCGGCGGUACCAAAUCUGACUGGGAUGGUAUCAUGGAGAGAGACAAUCAUCAAGAAGGAGAGGCACAGGGAGUAAAGAUUUAUGAACCAUCCCGUGACAGCAAUCCUCCUGCUGACACGUUGGCGACUUCUCUCUCCCUCUUGGGGAAUCACAUGUUUCCUGAUCCGGUGGAGAGAAACGACAGCACCGCUGUUAACAAAGAGGAGCCUGCUGAUUCACACCUGUCAGAUGUUACAGCAGAGAAGAGUCUGGACGCCGAGCCCCAGGCUAACCAGGUAACAAAGCAAGAGACUGAGGUGACAGAAAGCUCUGAGUGUCAGAACAAUGUGUCCACGCAGCCGUCUGACACAGAGACGGAGGACGCUGUCACCGACAAUGACCGCAGCGACUCUGGGGAGUUUGUCGUUACAAUGCUGGCCAAGGCCAAGCUGGAGGAGCAAGGUAUAGGCGUGAAGGGAAGGUCAUCUCCCUUGUUGGAGGCUGGCACCCAGGAAACUCCUGCUUUUAUGUCUCAUCGUGACGAGGAUGUGACAGCUGACAGCUGGCGGCAGCACAGGAAGCAUGUUUUUGUGCUGAGCGAAGCAGGCAAACCCAUAUAUUCCCGAUACGGCAGUGAAGAGGCUCUUUCCUCUACAAUGGGAGUCAUGAUGGCGCUGGUUUCUUUUGUUCAAAGUGGAGACAAUAUCAUCCGCUCGGUCUAUUCAGAGGAGCACACCGUGGUGUUCUUACAGAAAGGGCCCCUCGUGCUGGUGUGCGUCUCCAGCAGUCGUCAGUCUGAGCAGCAGCUGCGUGGAGAGCUCCUCUAUGUGUACUAUCAGAUCAUCAGCAUGCUCACCCAGGCCAGCAUAUCCCGCAUCUUUGAACACAAGAAAAACUACGACCUGAGGAGACUCCUGGCGGGCUCAGAGAAGAUCCUGGACGGUCUUCUCAACCUGGUGGAUUCGGACCCCAGCUUCCUGCUAGCAGCAGUACACUGCCUGCCCCUAGCUUCCUCUCUCAGGGACUCUCUCAGCCAGAUCCUGCAGAAAGCGAUCACCCCCAAUCUGGUUUUCUCCAUCCUCAUCGCCAAGAACCAGCUCCUCACCAUCGUCCAAGAAAAGACAGUCAUUGAGGACACCAGACUGGAGCCCGCUGACAUCCACCUCCUGCUCAACCUCAUCGGAGCCUCCUCAGCAUUUCAGGCCGGGGAGAUCUGGACUCCCAUCUGUCUCCCUCUCUUUAAUCCUGACUGUUACUUUUAUGCAUACAUUUCUUACCUGGACCCUCCAGAAUGCACUGUUUGCUUGCUGCUGCUCUCGACAGAUAAGGAGGCUUUCUACGCUGUAGCCGAAUGCAAGAGGAAGAUAGAGGAGGCCAUGAUGGCGCAGAACUCCCUGAGCCUCAUUGCCAAAGUCCAGUCAUACAGUGUGAGCCAGGUGGGCGUCUCAGACCUCAGACACUUCAUGUACAAGCCCUUUGAUGUGCCAGACAACUACCGCCAGCUCACUCAAUUCACCAGCCCAGAGAUGGAGGCGCCGUACAGCAGUGAGGAGGAGAAAAUGAGACUGCUGGACCUUUAUCGUUAUAUGCACAGUCGCAUCCACAGCACCUCACGACCCCUCAAACUCAUCUACCAUGUCGCUGAGAGGGAAACUCUGCUAGCCUGGGUCACAAGUAAAUUUGAGUUGUACACCUGCUUCAGUCCUCUGGUGACAAAGGCCUGUGCUAUCACUGCUAUCACUAAGCUCCUAAGGUGGAUUAAAAAGGAGGAGGACCGUCUCUUCAUCAGAUAUCCCCCAAAGUAUUCAACCACUCCAAACCCCAGCAAGAGCUCUCGAGGUGGUAAAUCUGACCAGCAAGACUCCACAGAUAACGGCUUCUUAUCUCUUCUAUAGGACUCUGUAAGUGCUACGAUAGUCGCUCGGCCUCAUUCAAUAAUAGUUUGUACACUGGUUCCAAAAUAUUUUUGAAGCCUCUUUUAACACUUGUUCGGACUUGACAGACUUUGACUACUGGAAUCAAACACUACAGAAGUUUUACACUAUUUAAGAAGGAAUGAACUCUUUCAGACUAGUAUUAUUUCUUUACCUUAACAAGAAAGCAUGUCAUUGCAUCAGUGCUUUCGAUCAGAAACAGUCAGGGCAAAACAGCAUUAGUACGUUUUAAAUUGAACUGUGGUAGGAAAUAAUUGCAAUGAUAUUUAAAUGUUUUUAUAUUGUUUUAUUACUGCAACAAGAGAGGAAAUCCCCUCACGGACAGUGAAUGUAUCACACAGACAGUUGGUUCAUAUGCUAUAACUGCUCAUGGCAGUACUUUAGGAUGAGGAGUGAAAUGAAGUUAAACUACCUUUCUCGCACUAGCUCUUAGAUCUCUUUCAUGAAACAAAAACAUCCCGAUGUUGCAAAACAGGAUAUGCAAGAAAUGAAGGUGUAUUGUGUUUUCGGGCUCAACAUAAACUGGAAUAACGACAACUGGUACUGCCAGAACGGGGAUGGGCCUCCAUGUGUCAUUCAGGGUCAUGAACAGACAAACUGUCCUGUGUGACUUUGGCUACACAUCCCUGUGGCACAACUUGAAAACAUGGCGUUGUCUCAUAUCACACUGAUGUUUCUAUUCAAAUGAAAAUGAUCAGGUUUCAUUCAUGUUACAUUUUGUGCAGAAAACAAAGUAGGAAGUCCCAGCCUGUUAAACCUGAUCACUUAACAUGAUCAGCAUUGUCGGUCAGUGUUUUCGUUGUCAUCCAGUGAAGCUAAGAAGAUGCCACAGAGCUCACACCAUGUUUUUCUGCAGAAACUUCUAGUCAGUCAACACUUGAUGUAGUGACUUCAGGCGACUUAUCUGUUUUUGGAUAAUAGUUUUGUAAAGAUGGUCUAUAAACAGUAGCCUCAUCUUUGUGUCCUUUUGAGGAAUUUCUUGUCAAUUCAAGUCUUAAGAGUAUGUCUAUAGUAUUAUUGAAUAAAUCCCAGGUUGCACAAA